AUGAUACUUGUCUUGAUAAAAAAACUGGAAGUCACGUCUGCUCGUUACUUGAGUGUUACAACAAGGCGAAGUUCUAUGGCACACGUGCUAAACUACAACAAUAUGAAUCCACAUAUUCGUAGUAUGGAAUUCGCUGUUCGUGGACCGAUUGUGAUUAGGGGUGAACAGCUAGAACAUGAGCUGAAAAAUGGUCAGAUAAAAUCGUUCUCAAGUAUUGUUAGAGCAAAUAUUGGUGAUGCACAUGAUAUGGGACAAAAACCGAUAACUUGGAUUAGACAAAUCCUUGCAUGCGCUUCAUUUCCAGAAUUUUUAAAAUUAUCAUACAUUCCACAUGACGUUAAGACACACGUAGAGGAAAUUCUGGCUGAUUGUGGUGGCAAAAGCAUUGGAGCUUACACAAAAAGUGCGGGAAUUGAAUGUAUCCGUAAGCACUGUGCAAAUUACAUAAUGGAACGUGACGGUAUUCAAGCGGAUUACAACAAUAUCAUAAUCUCAAAUGGUGCUAGCGAAGCUAUUAGAAAUAUUCUGAAACUUUUUGCAAAUGACCAAAGCCCAAAACAAGUAGGUGUUAUGAUUCCCAUCCCACAAUAUCCAUUGUAUUCAGCUUCACUGAAUGAAUUCAACUUGGCACAAAUAAAAUAUUAUUUGGAUGAAGAACGAAACUGGGGAUUGUCCAUAGAUGAACUUGAAAGAGCGAUUAACGAAGCGAAGAGCAAAUAUGAUGUCAAAGCCAUUUGUGUGAUAAAUCCGGGCAAUCCAACAGCGCAAGUGUUGACGAGACAAAAUAUUGAAGAAAUUAUCCGUUUUGCUCACAAAAAUAAACUAUUUAUUUUAGCCGAUGAAGUAUACCAAAAAAACAUUCAUGAUCCAAAUUCCAAAUUUUUCAGCUUCAAAAAGGUAAUGAAGGAGCUUGGAGGAGAUUAUAAAAAUUAUAAAGAUAUAUCUGUGUUGAUUUACAGUGUAGAAUUGGCUUCAUUCUUUUCGGUUUCUAAAGGUUACAUGGGGGAAUGUGGCAUUCGUUCAGGUUAUGCUGAAUUAGUAAAUGUUGACCCGAAAGUUAUAGAGGCACUGGUCAAAAUGAUUUCUGCUCGUUUAUGUGCUAAUUCAUUAGGACAGAUAGCUCUCGACGCUGCAGUUAAUCCACCCAAACAAGGAGAUCCAUCUUAUGAACAGUGGCUGGAAGAAACGACAAGUAUUUUGAGUUCGAUGAAAGAACGCGCUUCAUUAGUUCAAGAAGCUUAUAGUGCUUUAGAAGGAAUCAGUUGUAGUCCAAUUCAAGGUGCGAUGUAUGCUAUGCCGAAAAUUGAAUUGCCAAUAAAAGCAAUUAAGAAAGCUCAAACUCUGAAUGUUCAGCCUGAUUUCUUUUAUGGUAUGCAAAUGCUAGAAGAAACUGGAAUAUGUACGGUACCAGGAAGUGGCUUUGGACAACGUGAGGGAACCUACCACUUUAGGUGCAAGAUUUUCCUUUUACUUUUACUGAAAAAGUGUAAUAAAUACCAAAAAAAGUUAAGAUAA